GUGGGCACAGCCGGGAGGCAUCUGUGUCCAGGCACAAACGGUGGAGAAGCCCAGAUGGCUCCCCUGGCAGUCUCCGCAGAGACACCGGAAACCGAGGGCGGAAGGUCAAGCCACGACCAGCCCCAGCAGGAGAGAGACGCCACGACAAGUCGUAUGAGUCCAGCAGAGCAGGACGUCCCCACGACCUCAGAGAAGGUUCUGUUCCCAGUCCGAAGCGCCUGGAGGAGCCACAGCACCGGCCUAGAUCCCCAGGGAGGACCAGCAGCCUGGAACGCCAGGUGGACUUCUGGGAGGAGCGACCCACCCCCGCAAAGCGCCGACGGCGCCUCUCCCCAGAAGCCUGUGUCUCCGUUCCGCGCCUGCUGUCGCGAGUCCUCAACCACCUGGGCGGGCUGGAGGUGGCCCUGGGCGAGCUUCAGGCCCUGGGGGGCGCCUUCCUGCCGGGGCCCGCCUGCGCCACGCAGCCCAGCGCCUCGCAGCGCGCAUGGCUCACCUGGCAGCUGGCGCACGCCGGGGCCGCACUGCACUGGGCGCUGGCCACGCUCGACAGCCUGCUGGCUUCGGGGCCCUGGCCGGCCGGUCCGCCGCACUUUGCGCCUGCUCCCGGGUGGCCUUAGGUGCGCCCUCACAGUUUCCAGCACCCUUGCCUUGGGAAAGUUCGGACCCUUGGCCCCAGAGACGAGCCCGACUCUGCACUGCAACCUCAUGGCGCCCUGCUGGACUGCGGCCUCCGGCGCUGGGACUCCAGGAGCUCCCCGCAGCAGCAGAGCAGAAAGAAGCAGGGCGCAGCUCCGGUUCGGCUCCAGACAGCCUUCCUCCCGCCCCCUCAGACAGAUAGAUGGCAGCCUGGCUCCGGAAGCCUACCUGUUGUUCCAGGCAUCCAAAGGAAGUCAUGGUUUUUCCUUCUGGGGGCUCAGAAGAUCUGGGACUUUGACUACUUGGGACUGACCUGUCUGCGAUUGAAUAUUUCCGCGUUUUCUUUGAAAGGAACAGGUGUGAGCUUUGGUGUUUGACCUGUGAUUGGCCUUCUUCCAGCCCAGAGCUUUGUGAACCCUGCCCCAACAGGCCUAACCUAAUCCAGGGAGCCUGUCACUGUGGGCGUGGCCGCGGCAAACACUUUUGGGAAAACCCAACUCUAGACACCCUGCUACAGAGUGAGCCAGGUCGGUUCUCGGGAGUGGAGCUGGUGUCUUGGUGAGGUACCUUGCCCUUAACAUUUCAAACCUCUGCCACCAGGGUCAGGAAAAUAUUCCUGACAGGGUUCUGUGAGCCUCUGGAAUCUCUACACCAUUCCG